AUACAGCUUCAAUAAGCUCACUACUCACAUUCUCAAAUACAUAGAAAGAUACAGUUCGACCACGACGUUUUGACCAGGUUUACAUUUUUAUGUUAAGAUUAUGGGGUGCUGGAGAUUCUCGGCAGUGAAUAUUGUUCUUCUGUCUUUCUGUCUUCCCAUCCUCUCCUUCACACAUAUCAAGACCAGCCUGUGUAAGUGGUGUGACUACUCCAGCCCUAUCUGUGAGGACAGUGUGUGUUACACCAACUGUUCCCUCUCCUCCUUCUGUAAUCUGAGUGAAGAGAUCUGCGUUGCUAUAUGGCGGAAGGACAACCAGAGUACGAGUGUGAAGACGUUAUGCCACCAGCCCAAGCAGCCCCUGGAGAACAUCAUGUUGUCCAACUACUCCUCCAACGAGUGUGUGAUGGCUCCUCAUCCUUCUGAGGACGGGGUCCUGUUCGUCUGUGGCUGCCUGGGAGAACAUGAGUGCAACGAUAAGCUCAUAUUCGACAAGGGCUCCAAUGGUUUUUCCAAGCUCAAGAGUAAAGAUGUGAUCCCAGUGGUAGUGAUCAGCCUGGUCCCUCCCUUCUUAGUGGCUAUCAUUGCUUCCAUGGCUUUCUACCUGUACCGUACCAAACAGCCCAGCAAGCAGCCCAAAGACUGGGCUCCCAAACGCACACACUACAAGGCUUUGGACAUCCCUGAGGGACUUAGUGGGGACGUCAUCACCGGUGGUGAGGACUGCCAUGGCAAGCCAUCAGCCAUCAAUGGCGACACCACCUCUGACAUGUGUCCUGUCCGGGCCUGUAACUUCAACCACAACAUGGAGCAGCUGCCUAUCCAGCUGGAAGCCUUGGUGGGGAAGGGUCGCUUCGCUGAGGUGUGGCGGGCCAAGCUCCACCACCAGGCCGCCGGUUCUCUGUACGAGACAGUGGCAGUGAAGAUCUUCCCGUCUGUGGAGUACGUGUCCUGGAGUAAGGAGAGGGCCAUCUUCUCUGACGCCAACCUGGAGCACGACAAUGUGGUUAAAUUCCUGACAGCAGAGGAGCGAGGGCCCUCCGGCUCCCCUCAGAGGCAGUACUGGCUGGUCAUGGCCUAUCACAGCCUUGGGAACCUGCAGGACUUCCUGGCGGGCCACGUGUUGAGCUGGGCUGAGCUUUGUGCUAUGGCUGGGUCGGUGGCUCAAGGAUUGGCCCACCUUCAUAGUGAUACCACCCCCUGUGGGAUCCCCAAGGUGCCUGUGGCCCACCGCGAUCUGAAGAGCAGCAACAUCAUGGUAAAGAGCAGAAGAGAGUGUGCCCUCUGUGACUUUGGUCUGGCUCUGAGGCUGGACCUCUCCCUCACCGUGGAUGACUUUGCCAACAGUGGCCAGGUGGGGACAGCUCGCUACAUGGCCCCUGAGGUGUUGGAGUCUAGGGUGAAUCUGGAGGAUCUGGAGGCCUUUAAACAGAUGGAUGUCUACUCCAUGGCCCUGGUCCUCUGGGAAAUGGUGUCCCGCUGCGAAGUCAUAGGGGAAGUGAAGAGUUAUGAGCCGCCCUUUGGCUCUAAGGUGUGUGACCAGCCGUGUGUGGACAGCAUGAGGGACCUGGUCCUGAGAGACAGGGGCAGACCUGAGAUACCCACCAGCUGGACAACACAUCAGGGUAUGGAUCUUCUGUGCGCCACCAUCAAUGAGUGUUGGGACCACGACCCAGAGGCCAGGCUCACAGCCCACUGUGUGGUGGAGCGCUUUGGAAGUCUAGAAGAGGAGAUGGAGCAGAAGGGGUUAGACACUAUCAACAACAGCCAGAACAACCAUCAGGGUCCUCCCUCUGGCAUCUUCCCUGACUGUGACGUGGACCCUUUGACCCCUGAAACAGACACAGAGGGACCCUCAUCCCUGGGCCGCUGACUGAGAUAAUAUAAGGAUCACCAGAAAGAGACAUUUCUGUAUGAUAGAUUGAUGGCACUCUACCCUACGAACAAAAGGGACACAUUUUUGUAUGAUAUAUUGUUUAAUUUGAAGGAGCUGGUCUCCUGUUCGAUUUGUGUAAUAUAGCCUUUAUGAAGUGUCUUACGAAUGCACUUAUGAACUUGUGACACUGAAGAGUUCUUUCUGCCCCUUGGAAAGUUUUGUGCACAGGAUUCAGGGAAGAGAGCAAACUAGCAUACCACUAAUUAUCAUCCCAACUUAACAUGUCAAUUUGACCAAUAACUAAAAAAGCAGAUCAGUUUCCAAAUCUGAAGUACAUAAAUCCUAUAGUGAAUGAUGACAUGUAUGCGUCACUAAUGGCACCCUGUUCCUUACUACUGUUGACCAGAGCCCUAUUGCUCUGCUAUAUACAUAGGGACUAGGGUGCUGUUUGGGAGGCAACAAUGGUUGUUAUUUGCUACAGUACAGAAAGCACUAUAUUUUGUGACAAUCUCCAUUGGUGUUCCAGCUAUUUAAAUUGGUCCUCUUUCCUUUUGGAGAGAAUUUACCUUACAAGAAUGAUUCCUUACCACAUUUUUUCUUCUUCUCAAAUGAACUGUUCCAUGGCCUUCUUACAGUGUGUAGCCUCAAAAGCCCUAUUUAUACCUGCCGCUUACAUGCGUUCUUCGUCCUGAUCUUCCCCAGUCUUGCCAGUUUACACUUACAAGAUCUGAUCAAAAUUAGUUCACAACGAGUCUUUUAAUCAUCUACACAUGUCUAAAAAUGUGGGCACAAUCAAAAUGAGUCAAGAUUAGGACAAAGGGCGCAUGUUAAAACCAGGUAUAAAGUGGCUGAAGAGCAGUGUGGUCCUCGUCCUGCCAGUAUGCAUCCUAAAUGCCACUAUAAGCUCUGGUCAAAAGUAGUGCACUAUAUAGGGAUUAGGGUACCAUUUGUGACGCAAAACUAGAGUUAUCUCAGAGCUGAGGGGUUUGCAUUUUUCUUAACCACAAGCUGCUGCGACUGUGAAUGGUGAGUAGACUAGGGACCACAACACACAAACUAGCAUGGAGAAAUGCCCUUUUUAAGAUGAAAGAAAACCAAAGAGCAUUUAAUGAUUCCUUUGAACUAAUAGCUGCACACACACACACGUUUGGGGUCACUUAGAAAUGUCCUUGUUUUUGAAAAAAAAGCAAUUUUU